AUGACGAAUUUAUUCCUCGCAGGUCUCUUAUUUGUGGGAUCGGUGUGCGCUUUUCAAAGCCAGUAUGACUUUUACCCACAAGCAAUCGCUGACAAGGAGCCUACUCUGGAACAGCUAUGGGGAGAAGAUUGGCCGUUCUCGGGAAUGUCAUCUUUUGCCCAUCUCAACUACACAAAAUGCCUUCUAGACAAUCAAUCAUUUGAUGUCGGAAUAAUUGGAGUCCCAUUUGAUACUGCGACUACGUACAGACCAGGGGCAAGAUUCGGCCCAAAAGCAAUCCGCAGUGCCUCUCAACGUCAAACCACACUAAGAGGAUUCAACCACAGAGCCCGUUACAAUCCAUAUCAGAGUUGGGCCACCAUAUUGGAUUGCGGUGACAUUCCAAUAACUCCAAUGGAUAACAGUCUGGCACUAAAACAAAUGACACAGGCGUUUGUAGAGCUUCUGCAGCGUCGCUCGUCAAGUGCAGACGAUUCACAUCCUCCAAGACUAAUUGCUCUAGGUGGUGACCACAGCAUUCUUCUUCCACAUCUUCGGGCUUUGGCAGAAAUCUAUGGGAAGAUCUCGGUUAUACAUUUUGAUGCCCAUCUGGAUACUUGGUUGCCCUCUAAAUAUCCAUCAUUUUGGAAUAGCGACCAGUCUAAGUUCACCCAUGGAUCAAUGCUAUGGAUGGCCCACGAAGAGGGUCUGAUCACCGACGACAGCAAUGUUCAUAUUGGGCUGAGAACUAGGCUCAGUGGGACAACUUUGGAAGACUAUGAUGACGAUGACAAACAGGGAUUUCUUAGAAUUGAGGCUGAUGAGAUAUGGUUGGACGGAAUAGACACUGUGGUUCAGAAGGUACUGGCCCAUGUCCCCAAUGAUGUCCCGGUCUAUAUUUCUGUUGAUAUAGAUUCACUUGACCCUGGUUUUGCCCCUGGAACUGGUACUAUUGAGCCCGGUGGAUUAUUACCCCGGGAAUUGAUUCAAUUGCUACGGAGACUGGAGGGCUUGAAUUUGGUGGGUGCCGAUGUGGUCGAAGUUAGCCCAGCCUUUGACCAUGCCGAGGUCACGGCAACCAAUGCCGCUCAGGUGGUGUACGAGUUGCUUACAAGUAUGGUGAAGAAGGGAAAACCCUUGCCUGCAAAAUAUGAGGAACAGCACGUGAUAGUGAACCAAGAAGAGAACACUUAUAAGGUAUAG